UUGUCGGUGCAAAACUUCAGGAGUAAAGUCACGAAAUUUGCUGGUGAACAUAAAACACAGAGCACUAUCAAAAUUAAGGCCAUGUUUCACGUUGUUGAGUUUCUGGAAACCCAAGAGGUUGAAGUAGUACCAGCACUGUGGGUUGCAGAUGAAAUCUGUCAAUGGCCAGCUCACUACAAACCCGAAGAACUAGCAAAGGCUGUACGAAAUGAGGAGCAGCCUGGACACAUGUGGGAUGCAUAUAGUGUCCGAAUUUUAUAUACAGCUGCAAACUACAAAACCGCUCGUCUAAAACGUCCUCAGGCAGAAAGUCACACUGAUCUUCAAACUGCAGAGGAAGAAGAUGAAGAUGACAUGCCUAAGAAAAAGCAAAAAAUACUACCAAAUACUCGAUUUGAGAGUGACAGUGAUGACGACGAUACUGUCAAACAAACAAGGACAUUGCCUCCAGGCUCAAAGAUAAAAGGGCCAGGCUUUGACAUACAGUCAGCAAUAAAGAGACAGGCUCUAAGCUCCGAACUUCACAAGCAGAUUACAAGGCCUGAACCCCGAUGGUCUGUGAACGGUUUUGAACCCCGACAGUCUACGAGUCCUGAACCCCGGCGGCCUGUGACAAGCCCUGAACUCAGACGGUCUUUGACAAGUCCUGGAAAUCCAACCCAAGAUGAAAGUCGAAGACAGUCAGCAACAACUGCUUUAAGUCUUGCUCCUCUUCUGCAUAGGCUUCUUACAAAUCAAGAAAUGAUGAUGGAUCAACUCAAAGUUAUUCAGAUGACCAUGCAGAAAAUUCAAGGCGAACCUGCUGGUGGGCAGGAUCCCCUUGACAGAGAUAUUCUACCGCUAAAAGAUGUAACCUCCUUGUUGGCUCUGGAAAAACGUCUCAGGGAAGAGGCAGACCUUAAAAACAAAAUGAUUACUACACUGAGUGUCAUUGGAGGAAUUGACAUUAAGGAUACCGUUUGGCGAGUUAUGAAGCACUGUUUUACCAACUCCCUAGCCAAACGGCUCAACUGGCGUGGCAUCAAUGGCAAAACACCUUUCCACAGACUGCAACUUAAAGAUGUAAUUACUGGGACUGUCAGAACCAACAGGCUCACAGCGACAGCAACAGAUCAAGAGGUAGAAUCUUACAUCAAAAGAUGGCUUCACCUUGCGAGCGACCGAGACGGAGGAAGAGAGGAACGAAGACGGACUCUCCAAGAAACACGCCUGCAAUAUUGCCAUGACUCUGAUGGGCCCAGUCAAGGAGGUCAAUAAAUCCCGUGUCCAGUUGGUUCCUGUUGCCAAGGUCAACAUUCACU